GCUCCGCCCUAAAAGCUUCGAACCUUCGUUUUUUCGUAUAGUUUUCUCCGCAAAUGGAUACCCCUUUUUCGAGAGGGAAAAUAGCCUUAGUGAAGCAACCAGGGGUCUAUGACUCUGGAAAAACAUAUUGGCAGUAUUUGGCUGUUUGGAUUUGGAAGGCAUUGGUGUUAUUUAUCUUCUGCGGGUUAGGACAUCGUCUUACCUUGUGGAAGUUCCGUAAGUCGGCCAUGCCUAAAACAGGUAUUUGACUUUGUCAGCUAGAAGGACAGCUGUCUUGAACCUCUCCCUAUUGUCGAACACACGCGGGACUGAGCCGGACACACCACAAGUUCACUGCUAUUCCACGUCACCGUUCUUGUGUUCACGAGACCACCAUUUAGAUCUUCUCUGAAUUGGUGUAACUACUCUUGCUCAUAAUUUAAGGAGGCUGAGAACUGUGUUUCAUUUCACAAGCUACAUUCAUUUCAAAAAUGGCUGAAAACAGUGGAAAAAAACUGAGCAUUUCUCUUCAAAAGGCAACAAAUGUUACUUACCAUCGUCAUCUUGUUGAUAGAAAUACCAGAGGUCAAGUAAUGGGUCAAGGAAGAUUUCGUGGUUGCACAGUUUGGUUUACAGGCUUUUCUGGUUCUGGGAAAACCACCUUAUCAUUUGCUCUUGAAGACUACUUGGUUAUGAGAGGCAUUCCUGCAUUUAGCUUAGAUGGUGACAAUAUGAGAUUUGGUCUGAAUUCAGAUCUGGGGUUUUCUGAUGAAGACCGCCAAGAAAAUAUUAGACGCGUUGCUGAAGUUGCCAAAUUGUUUGCUGAAUCCGGGGUAGUUACUUUGUGCUCCUUCGUGUCACCGUUUCGCGAGGACAGAGACCGCGCACGAAAAAUACAUGCUGAUGCCGGACUCCCUUUUUUUGAAAUUUUUGUUGAUGCACCUCUUAAUGUUUGUGAAGAACGUGAUGUGAAGGGUCUCUACAAGAAAGCACGACAAGGAACUAUCAAAAACUUCACCGGAAUAGAUUCACCAUAUGAACCACCCUUGAAUCCUCAUGAAACUAUGCACACUAGCCAGAAAUCUGUCAUUGAAUGUACUCAACAACUAGUAGACUUGCUCGUCAGCCAAAAUGUCUUGCCGAAAGCUGCACAAGCAACAGUUGUAGAGUUGUUCGUAUCUGAUGAGCGAAGACCAGAUGCUUUAGCCGAGUCCGCUACGCUUCCGUCAAUCGUUAUCAAUGACAUCGACCUGCAAUGGGUGCAGAUUCUUUCCGAAGGAUGGGCGUCUCCACUGACAGGUUUCAUGAGAGAGCGGGAAUAUCUUCAGGUUCUCCAUUUUAAUUGUAUAUACGAUGGUGGAGUAUCAAAUCAAAGCGUUCCCAUUGUAUUAGCUAUAACCACAGAAGAGAGAGAAAAGCUUGAUGGCUGCUUAGCUGUUACCCUGCUCCACAAUAACAAGCCAGUAGCUAUACUCAGAUCGCCGGAAUUCUUCGAGCAUCGUAAAGAAGAACGUUGUGCUAGGCAAUUCGGAACAACCCAUCCGUCUCAUCCUUAUAUUCAAAUGAUAAUGGCAAGCGGUGAUUGGCUAGUAGGUGGCGAGCUAGAAGUUUUGAACCGCAUUCGUUGGAAUGACGGAUUGGAUGAAUAUCGCUUAACGCCUACUGAGUUGAAGAAAACCUUUCAUGAUAUGGGUGCCGACGCAGUGUUUGCAUUUCAAUUGAGAAAUCCCGUCCAUAACGGGCAUGCCCUUCUAAUGCAGUUUACUCGGCAAACGUUGCUUGAACGAGGCUACAAAAAGCCUGUCCUACUCCUUCAUCCACUAGGUGGUUGGACAAAGGAUGAUGAUGUCCCACUAGCCGUACGAAUGGAGCAACAUAAAGCAAUUCUAGAGGAAAGAAUUUUAGAUCCAGAACACACUGUUCUAGCCAUUUUCCCUUCUCCGAUGCUCUAUGCUGGCCCUACGGAGGUACAAUGGCAUGCGCGCUCCCGUUUGAUGGCUGGCGCCAAGUUCUAUAUUGUUGGUAGAGAUCCAGCAGGAAUGGCUCACCCGAAUCCAGCAUUAAAACAAGAUCUUUACGAGCCAACACAUGGAGGAAAGGUGCUAUCGAUGGCACCGGGGCUUGUUGGAAUGGAGAUCAUUCCAUUUAGAGUGGCCGCUUAUGAUGUUCAAGCCAAAGCUAUGAGUUUCUUUGAUCCAGAACGCAAACAAGAUUUUGAGUUCAUUUCUGGAACACGGAUGAGAGGUUUGGCACGGGCGGGAGAAUGUCCGCCUCCCGGUUUUAUGGCUGAUAAAGCAUGGGAAGUACUGGCUCGUUACUAUCGUACGCUCAGCAGUAACUGAAUGGUUUUCAAGUAAAACCAUAGUAUGCUAAAAGUAAGUAAUCAAAGGGUUAAGUUUAUUUCUGAAGGCAAAUCGCCAUGUACCGCAAUUCACUUCAUAGCACACAUAAAUUGUCGCCUUCUUGGUAGCACUACUGUUAGAGUUUUAAUAGUUUUAUUGAGACGAGUUUAUAACAAGUUUUUGGGCACAUCAGUUUUAUUCCAGCAUGUUAAGUUUCAAUAUUCUUUUUCAUUUAACACCCAUCCCUGCUAAGACAAAAGUGAUCGUGUUUUGGAUGGAUGAUUGGAUAAAAUCUUAUUGCCAUCGUUAAUAUGCAUUUCUGUUGUAUCUAAUUGACGCAAAUUAAUCAGUUUCAUGUUGCGGAUCGUGUAUCUUUUAGCGCCUCGCUCAGCUGGUGCAAUGGGAAGUAUUUUGUAUGCUUCGUCCCAUAUGAUUUUCGAAUGGACCAAUUUUGUAAUCGUUCAACUUUAUUGAUUGUAGUGUUGAUGGUUUCAAUAUAUUAGUUAUAGCGCUU